AUGGCCCGACAAGCAACCUUCAUCGUGGCUCUGUGCGUUUGUGGACUGGCAAUCGCGGGCCUGCCGAGGCUCGCUAGCGCUGGAGACUUGGCAACCGAACAGCAUGAAGGGGACAUCGGAUAUGGGGUUAGGGCAUAUGCCGGCGUUUCAAACUAUGACGGCGAUGACGAUGCUGCAGGAAACCCUGUCGACUCGGAUGUGACUGACGAUGCCAUUACAGAUGGUGAGUGGCCACGUGUUGUAUCGGGGCAGAAGCCGCACACGACUCAGAAAGGCAGCUUGAUCAAGAAGCUGGCAGUACCGGUGGUCGGCGCUCUUACGUCGUAUCUUGUUGCUGACAGGGUGCUGCCCGAGUUGACUUCUGCAGAAGAAGAAGGAACAGAGUCCAUCCCCGGUAAAAAACGUGUCAAGACUGCCGUGGGCAUAGCCGCGUUAGUUGCAGCAGCCGCAUUUGCUGGAUUGGGUCUCGCGAGAACAUUCAGGCAUUUCGUGCCAAAAAAGUCAAAGACGGUUGCGAGUGAGGACUCUGCGCUCGGAAACAGUGAAGAGCAGUAUGUGGAAGGAACCGUGAACGGGAGCAGUGAUCCGGAACAGGAGCGGGCGGGUGGGCCUCUUAUCCCGGAAGGAGACGAGCAGGAAGUAGACACCGAAUAG